GUGAGCGCCGUGAGAGAGCUAAUAACAAAACCUGUUCAGGAAGGGACAAUCGCUUGAUUGGAAACUCCCUACAUUUUCGCAGCUAUUUCAUUCUCCCACCUGCUUUCUUUCGCAUCUAGCGCGGAGACAGAUCAAAGGGGUUCGACCGAUCCACCUGUGUUGACGUCGGGAGUGCUGCUGAACAUCGGAGCAGAAUCUGGAUGGCAGAUGGCACCCCCGUUAUGGUACGGACGGUGGCCAUCACGCUCGUGGCGUUCGGGGCCCACUUAUGCGAGUGCGCAGGAUUCGCCUAUUUACCGCCAAUGCUACUCAAAGCUGGAUUCACCCAACAGGCGGUCAGUGUGCUCCUUGGUUGCGGACCCUUGCUAUGCCUCUUCCUCGUGCCACUUCUGGGUGCCUGGAGCGAUGCAUGCGCGAGGCGAAGACCCUUCCUGCUUGUCCUUGGUGUCCUCAUCAUGACUUCCUUGACCGCACUCGCAUUCAGCGAUACAUUCGAACCUGGGUUGAAGAAGAAGGUUCUCAUCGCCACGGCUACGGUAGUCCUUGACUUUGCCUCGCAAGCCAUCUUGAACCCUUGCCAGGCUCUUGUGUCGGAUAUCUCUGGAGGCCUGGGAUUCCCUCUCUACUCCGGCAUGCUGUCUCUCGGUGGCGUCCUUGGCUAUCUCUUCUCAGCAGUACACUGGACUGUUUCGCAGGAGCGCUGCGUCUUCUUGGUCUUACUGCUUGUCUUCUCGAUAUGCCUCACAAUUGGUGUUGCCAAUGUCUCCGACGCAAGGUCGUUCUUAGGCAAGGAUACCGAGUCGCAGAAGGAAACAGUGAUUCCCUGGCCGCAUCACGUACUGCCUCUUGCCGGUGCCAUGAGACGUCUUUUCACCUUUCAUCUACUUGCUUGGAUGGCUGUCAUGUCACACUACUUCUACUUCACCGAUUUCACCGCAGAGGUAGUGUACGGAGCCACAGCUGACUCAACGGUGAGCUUUGACGAAGGCGUACGCACUGGUUCGUGGGGCCUCCUCCUCACCUGCGUCACUGCGUCGCUGUACUCUCUUCUGGCGCAGCAGGGGAUAGAUCUACGCAGUGGACCACGCAUAGGUCUAAUGCUAGGAAUGGGUUCCUUCGCUGUUGCCAUGGCAGGCCUUACCGUCGGCCGGGGUAUUACCACGGCUCUUUUGCUCAGUGGCCUUGCAGGCAUUGCUUCUGCCGUCCUGGAAUGCAUUCCUUACUCUCUGGCCAGCCAAUACUGUGCGAGUAGAGAGGAGUACUUCCAGGACAUCAGUAGGAAGCACGGAAUCGGCGAAUGCUUGGCUGUACUGGAUGGAGCGGAGUAUCUUGCGCAGGUCCUCCUCUCUCUCUUCAUGGGCUACAUGUUUCACCUGACGGCUACGGUUGCCUCCUAUGCCAUAGUCGCCUUCAGCUGUGCCUUAGCCGCGUGCUAUGCCGCCACCUUCGUUGUGUACCCCAUCCGGUUGCAUAGCUCAAGUGCAUAUAUUGACAGGACCUCAAUGAAACAGUGAGCCAGACGGAAUGUCAGAGCUCUCUGGUACGACUUUCCACCAAUAAUCAAGGCAUUGCGAUGGAUGUGAGACACUGUGUGUUGACAGACAUUGUGUUGCGUUCGUCGCAUUGUGUUGCGUUCAUAGUGUUAUGCUGACCGUGGAUAGCAGACGAACACAUGUGAUAUCGGAACUUUAGAAGCGCGAGUUAAAUUGCGUACCGACUGUAUGGGGGCGCAACAACAUGGCCAGGGGUUGCCACUAUUCAUGUGUACCACAAGGGUGUCGAACCGAAACAUUUUUCGCUCCGGUUUUCGUACCAAUUCAGCUCCGAAAUGAAAAAAUAACCGUUCAUUCCGGUUCGAACCCGCUCUGACGUCAGCACAGGCGCCAUCUGAUAUUGUCUGUGAACUGCUUUCGGAUCGCGCUGUGCGCGUGGUUGCAAUGGACCGUUUCAAUGAGAAUGCACAGCGCAUGCGCGGCUCUCGUUCUGGCUGAAAACAGCUGGAGCCAUUACUACGCUAACGCUACUAUAUACAAUUUUCCCGUUCCUGGAAUCCUUUCGUCAAUGAGUGAUGCUACGCUUCCCGGGUUUCGGCACCAAAAAUGUAGAGAGAGGACGCAGGAGCGAUAACGAACAGCUUUAGAGGGGCACUAAAAUGCAAAAACAACUUCCUCUCAAACUAAAGUCAGUGUUUCUAUUAGUACAAUUCAAACAAAAUUAGUUCACACAGCGCUAUCGCUUGUAAGAAAAACGCAAUGAAAACAGAGCCCUCUUUGGCGGCAACGAAUGUACUCCAAGGGGGCAGAGAUUGGCGCCAUCCAAUGCGGCAGCAGGAGAAGCGCGUGCAUACCUAUCGUGGAUGUGUGGAUUUGGAACGGGUCUGAUCGUAGUGUUGCGUAUAUUCGCGGCAUAAUAUGCACUGCUGCAGUUUCGUUUUCAAUACAGCUUCACUGAAUUGUAGCCCACAACAGUUCUCGCGAAUGUUCCACAGACAACAUUUAUCUUCACGUCCUUCGGGCAGCGGCGCGAGUACGCUUCGCAACGCGCAUUAUGUUUUUCACCGGAACUGCUCCAGGGCAUGGCACGCGCGUGCACGAGCAGCAUGGACUAAAAACAGCGAUGCACGAGCUGAAGCGACGUUCACUGCUUAAGCCGAAACAAAAAUGAGUCCGGUAUAAUUUUGAUUGUACCUUCGUAACGGAACCAACAUUCUGAAUUAUGGAAAUAAGUGCGAAAUUAGCAUAGCGUGUACAACGUAAUUCGAAGUGAACUUGUCGUUGCAUUUUAGUGCUCCCUUAAUGCAGAAUGGCUGCAAUGCACUCAACAAACGCAGUAAUCUUCUUCUUCCUUUGAGGUAAACUAGCAAUACAUUCAAUUUGCCCGGUUCACCACCGUUAUGCUUCUUCUUCCUGUUCUUCAAAACAGUGGCGCACAGCUUAUUGGGCUGGCAUAGAAUGGCACGGUGGGCUCCAGGGUCAUGUUGCAUACAUCAAACGGACACUCAAACUUCGUACAAAGAGAAGCAGUAAAAACGGGGCUCGAAACCUGAGGUGGGUACUCGAAAGCGAGCACAUGCAGUACGCUGGAACGAAAUACACGAAAACCAGCGCCGUUUAUUAAAAGGGAGUCUGGCCAUUGGGAGGAGUCACAAAAAGAUACUCGACUUGUCAAUCACAGUUUUGCUCCACUGAUUGGUUUGCACUUUAGCAAGGGGGUCGCCAUGACACCACACUGCCACCCAAAAUGGCGACGAAAACAAACACAGUGAAGCGGAGAUUUCGUGACAAAAUAUUUUCACAGACUACUCUGGUUUUACGCUGUAAAUGUACAUGCUCAUGUACGUUUCUUGGAAAUCAGUUUCAACUGAUACUCACCCAUCGAUAUCUAGCCGAAAAUAAUCGUUUUGUCGCCGGUGUUAGGCCUAGUGAACACUGCGAUCGCGGCGAUCACAACGAAAUAAGAACAAAAACGGCACUGUGCUGUACAACCUUAUAUUUAAUUGCUGGAUUUCAUGGAUAUAAUCAUUCUUGCUUUUUGUAUUCCAACUAUUCAUGUAGAUUUGUUUAAAGAUCGUACCGGCGACAGAAUGUGUCCAGCAUAUGGUUCUGCAGGCAGCGGUACAAUGACGGAAGCAGACGACAGUUCCCGACGCGCCCCACGCACCCCAGGCGGCGUUAAUCAAUUUGCACAAAAAAUCCACUAGUUUUGCAGAUUGCGAGAGGUAUCCACUUCAAUCCCAUCCAAUCCACUUGCCACCCAAAAUGGCGCUGCCCAUUUUGGAGGGGGACAAAUAUUGAGGAUAGGUUGAUUGAUAGCCUCCCAUAUAUCAACACUCCAUUGGUCAGAAAGCUGAAAAAGUGGGUGGAGCUUCAGGUAUAGGCAUGGCCCAUUAAUGGCCAGUCUCCUUUUUAAUAUACGGCUCUGACGAAAACGAAACCACGGCGCCCCCUCACGUCCUUUGUUUUCAGCCAGCAGCAAACGACAUUCGAGAGGGCGCCACAUCUCCCGCAAAUGUUUCACUGAAGUGGAUCAGGGGUGUGGAAGGCUCUGAACUUUUCCCUCUUUCGUAUUUCUUUUUGCCAUAGUAUCCCCGACUUUCAUAAAGAUGAACAUACACCAGAUAGAUUUCCGAAUGGAGAUUUUUGCUCUGCGUUCCCUCAUUGUUUGAGUCAUGUUGUCUUCGCGCAGCCAAUGCGCGUUGGGCCGCUUAAUCGCUGGAUGUGCUAUGCCGUUCACGUGUUGCAGCCGCCGUGGUGAGCAUCGCUAUCUGCCGACGACGUAUAACUAUCCUUGGCUCCCGCAUAGCGGCUGGCACACUGUCUGCGCUCGCACAGCUCCCACCCCGCUUUUCUUUGUCUCUCUCUUUUUUUUUAAAUCUGGUGGUGGUGGUGGUGAUGAUGAAAGGGCUCGCCGUUGUCGGCCUCACAGAGGUGGGCAACGUCACGACUGACGCCCUGGGGAAUGUGCGUCCUGGGCCGACUUCUAAGGGAACUGUGCCGACAUAUGUCUGAAAGCGUCUGAGGAAAACCCAGGAAAAACCCCAGACAGCACAGCCGGCACCGGGAUUCGAACCCGGGUACCUCCCAGUCUGCGCCAACCAAUGGCGCGCCAAAUAAAAUGCGAGGAACAACGCAGCGACAUUGACAAAAGUUCCCUCAUACAGAUAUCGCUGUAAAAGAAGAAGUGCAAUUCUAAUUGAAGGUGGUUAUGUUCUUUGUUGUGGCCCAUCUUAAGAUCGGUAAAACAAAAAUGACAACUCUCUAAACACACAAUGGCUAAAUGACUCUAAAACACAGAACGGCGGCGUAAACACACUGACGGUAAGUGAGUAUAAGCCCGGUUUCAACAUGAUACGUCACGCUGCUUUGCGGUAUCUACCUCCGACUUCCAAAUGCCCCAACUUUCCACUUCAACCGGAAACCUUUAAGACUAUUUUUCGGCUUUGCGCCGGAACGAAAAAGAACGUUACGGCUUUCGAUCAGUAUCAGUUGGCCAAAAAUAACUUUUUUUUCUUCUUUUCGGUUCGGUUCGACACUCUGUCUACAUAAGGGGCGUGUACUGGUCUCUCCAUGAUUAAACGCUUGUCUUUUGGAAUUGA